CCAAUUUUAUUCACCGCAGUGCCUUUGGUACUACGUCGUUGUUGCCAACGAGAAACGAGGCGAGAGGCAGAUCUCAAACGAGACCGAGGGGAGUGUCAACCGACAAGGGCGUUAAAUUGACAAGAUUCUUGGCGAGAUCUACCUGAAAUGCUCUGGUUCCUCACUCUUCCUGGAAAUGCUUCAGAUCUUCUUCCUCAACCCUAUCCUCUCCAUUUCCUAGAUCUCUAGAACCAGCUCUCUAACCAGCACAAAACCAUUUCAGAGUAGAAAAUAAUAUUUUACUUGUAGUCUUGACAAAGAGAGGAAGUGAAGAUGUAUAUGGCAUAUGGAUGGCCUCAGAUUAUCCCGCUGGAUUCAGGACUCUGCCCUUCUUCACAGAAGAUUGUCUAUCUGAAAGUCAUCAAUCGUCUCUUGCUCGUCGUCUCCCCUUCUCACUUUGAGCUCUGGAGCUCCUCUCAGCAUAAAGUGAGGUUGGGCAAGUACAAGAGAGAUGUGGAGUCUGUGGAGAGAGAAGGCGAAAAUUUACAGGCUGUGUGGAGUCCUGACGCCAAAUUGAUCGCCAUUAUUACGUCGUCCUUCUUUCUUCACAUAUUCAAGGUUCAAUUCGUUGAGAAAAGAAUACAGAUUGGAGGGAAGCAUCCAUCUGGUUUGUUUCUUGCUAAUAUAUCUCUUCUUCUCAGUGAGCAAGUACCUUUCGCUGAAAAGAACUUGACAGUGAGCAAUAUUGUGAGUGAUUGCAAACAUAUGCUUCUGGGACUUUCUAAUGGGUCCUUAUACAGUAUCUCUUGGAAGGGAGAGUUUAAUGGGGCUUUUGAACUUAAUCCCUGUCGACAUGAGAGCAGUGAAGUCUCUAUGUUCCCACAGUCUUUAGAUAAUGGACUAGGUUCUGGAGGGGCCCCAGGGGUCCUUGUGACUAAUCAUUAUGAAAUGAAGAAGCAUGCCAUUAUGCAGCUGGAGUUUUGCUUGCCAAUGAGGCUGCUAUUUGUUUUAUACUCUGAAGGCCAACUAGUGUUAUGCUCUAUGAGCAAAAAAGGUUUAAAGCAAGCUGAGUCUAUCAGAGCUGAAAAGAAGUUGGGCUCUGGUGAUGCUGUUUGUGCUUCAGUAGCUCCAGAUCAACAAAUCCUGGCAGUUGGUACUAGAAGUGGAGUUGUUGAGUUAUAUGACCUAGCAGAAUCUGCAUCACUCAUCCGUACUGUGUCUUUAUAUGACUGGGGAUAUUCAGUGGAGGACACUGGUUCUGUCAGUUGUAUUGUGUGGACACCGGAUAAUUCUGCUUUUGCUGUUGGGUGGAAGUUAAGAGGACUUACAGUUUGGUCUGUUUCUGGCUGUCGUUUGAUGUCAACAAUCCGUCAAGUUGGUUUAAGUUCUGUUUCUUCUCCAAAGGUUAAGCCAAACCAAGAUUGUAAAUAUGAGCCAUUGGUUGGUGGCACCUCACUGAUGCAGUGGGAUGAAUAUGGAUAUAAGCUUUAUGCAAUUGAAGAAGGGUCUUUGGAGAGAAUUCUAGCAUUUUCUUUUGGGAAAUGCUGUCUUAGCAGAGGAGUAUCUGGCAUGACUUAUGUCCGUCAGGUGAUUUAUGGCGAAGAUCGGUUGCUUGUUGUACAGUCUGAAGAUACUGAUGAACUUAAAAUUUUACAUCUAAAUCUUCCAGUUUCUUACCUCUCCCAAAAUUGGCCAGUUCAACAUGUUGCAGCCAGCAAGGAUGGGAUGUACUUAGCAGUUGCUGGUCUUCAUGGGUUGAUCUUAUAUGAUAUGCGGUUGAAGAAGUGGCGAGUGUUUGGAGAUAUUACUCAGGAACAAAAGAUUCAGUGCGAAGGUUUGCUGUGGCUGGGGAAGAUUGUGGUUGUCUGCAACUACAUUGAUUCUUCCAACACCUAUGAACUACUUUUUUAUCCAAGAUACCAUCUUGAUCAGAGUUCCUUGCUUUGUCGGAAGCCAUUACUUGCCAAGCCAAUGGUGAUGGAUGUCUAUCAAGACCAUAUUCUCGUUACUUAUCGCCCAUUUGAUGUCCACAUAUUCCAUGUGAAAUUAUUUGGUGAACUGACACCUCAUAGCACUCCAGACUUGCAGCUUUCUACAGUACGGGAACUCUCAAUCAUGACUGCGAAGAGUCAUCCUGCUGCAAUGCGUUUUAUCCCUGAUCAGAUUCCAAGAGAAAGUGCCUUAAAGAAUCAUAUUUCACCAUCUUCAGAUUUAUUAAUGAGAGAGCCUGCAAGAUGUUUGAUACUGAGGACAAAUGGGGAGCUUUCACUUUUGGAUUUGGAUGAUGGACGUGAAAGAGAGCUCACUGACUCUGUUGAAUUGUUUUGGGUUACCUGUGGUCAAUCUGAUGAGAAGACUAAUCUAAUCGAGGAAGUUUCUUGGUUGGAUUAUGGCCACCGAGGGAUGCAGGUUUGGUAUCCAUCUCCAGGUGUUGAUCCUUUUAAGCAGGAGGAUUUUUUGCAGUUGGACCCAGAGCUGGAAUUUGAUCGUGAAGUGUAUCCUCUGGGGCUUCUUCCGAAUGCUGGUGUUGUUGUUGGUGUCUCCCAGAGACUGUCAUUUUCAACAUGCACUGAGUUUCCGUGCUUUGAGCCAUCUCCUCAAGCUCAAACUAUAUUGCAUUGCCUGCUCAGGCACCUUCUUCAGAGGGACAAAAUUGAGGAGGCUUUAAGGUUGGCACAGUUAUCAGCACAGAAGCCUCAUUUUUCUCAUUGUCUGGAAUGGCUUCUUUUUACUGUAUUUGAUGCAGAAAUUUCCAGGCAGAAUGCAAACAAGAACCAAAAAUCAGUCCCUAAAUCUGCUGGCAACUUCUCUCUUUUGGAUAAGACCUGUGAUUUGAUCAGAAAUUUCCCAGAGUAUCUUGAUGUAGUUGUGAGUGUUGCACGAAAAACUGAUGGUCGACACUGGGCAGAUUUAUUCUCAGCUGCUGGAAGAUCAACAGAGUUGUUUGAGGAAUGCUUCCAACGAAGAUGGUACCGAACUGCAGCAUGCUAUAUACUGGUUAUUGCUAAACUUGAAGGUCCUGCUGUCAGUCAAUAUUGUGCUCUACGUUUACUACAGGCAACACUGGAUGAAUCUCUGUAUGAACUUGCUGGGGAGCUGGUGCGUUUCUUGUUGAGAUCUGGAAAAGAGUAUGAGCAGACGUCAACAGAUUCUGACAGACUGUCUCCUAGAUUUUUGGGUUAUUUUCUCUUCCGUUCUAGUCACAGGAAGACAUCCUUGGAUAAGAGCACGUCAUUCAAAGAGCAAAGUGCUCAUGUUGCUUCUGUGAAGAACAUUUUAGAAAACCAUGCCAGCUAUUUGAUGUCAGGGAAAGAACUUUCCAAGCUUGUUGCAUUUGUAAAAGGCACUCAAUUUGAUUUAGUGGAAUAUCUUCAACGAGAAAGAUACGGUUCUGCACGCUUGGAGAAUUUUGCAUCUGGGCUGGAACUAAUUGGGCAGAAGCUCCAAAUGGGUACACUGCAGAGUCGGUUGGAUGCUGAGUUUCUUUUGGCUCAUAUGUGUUCUGUCAAGUUCAAGGAAUGGAUAGUUGUCCUAGCCACUCUCUUAAGACGAUCUGAGGUUCUUUUCGAUCUUUUCCAGCAUGACAUGCGGUUGUGGAAGGCCUAUAGCAUUACCCUUCAGUCACACCCUGCAUUUGUUGAAUACCAAGAUCUACUUGAAACCUUGGAGGAGAGGCUGACAUCUGAUUUGAAUUUGGAGAAGUAAGGGGAAGUUUGGCAACCAUCAUUAUGUAAUUUGGAAACGGCAUUAGGCCAAUCAAAAUAGAGAUAUAGCUCACAGGCAGUGCAUCCCAGGCAAAUCAUAUUCAGGGUUGCUCCAAAACGUCCAACCGAGAGAACAGUAAGGCAUGAUGUAGAAAGUCAUUCUUGUAGAUAAUGCGGUUGAACUUCUAGGGCAGUUCUUUUUCCUAUAUAUAGUUUUUUUUUAUAUUUUGUUAUUAUUCCUACAGUUUCAUCUGUGUAUAAAGCUUCCCUCUCUUCUUUUCCUCUUUUUUUUGUUGUACAAAUAUAAAUAAAGCAAUUUGUCUAAAUGACUUCAUUUAACUGGAUCAACUUCGACUUGGC